AAAGUCUUGCAUUCAUCGUGGGAUUGCACAUUUUUAAGCUGUUCUUCCCAUCCUGUAGAUUACGCGACGUACGAACCUCAUACAAGUCGGUUGGGAACUGUUUUGUGUCCCUUCAUGUCCAGUCUUCAAUUUGCCGCUCAACGCUCGACUCUUCGACUGUCGAAAAUGACUGGCACUGCAGAGAUUGUGAUCCGGUCGAUGGCGGCGUGUUCGGGCACCGUCAUGAUCCUGAGCCCGUCCAUCUUGAUCUAUCGCGUCUCCAAGCAGAAGGACGUGGGGGUGGCGUCUGUGAUCCCACUCGUGACUUUGUUCUCUAACUGCCACGUUUGGGCGGUUUACGGCUACAUGAUCGAGAACUGGUUCCCUAUUUUCUGGAUUUACCUCUUUGGAGACUUCGUGGCGCUGGUUUUCCUCUACGUUUACUGGAAAUACGCUAAACAGCGACGCUAUAUGAACCGAGUACUGUUUAUCAUGGUCUCUAUUUUAGCGAUCAUCACUAUCUACGCUAUUAUCGGGGGCCUGGGCUACACAGGCCAGUCGAGAGACGGUAUGGGUUCUGUUAUGGGUAUCUUCGCUGAUAUCUCCGCGAUGUGCGUGUACGGCGCCCCUAUGGAGAAGCUUCUACAAGUCCUCAAGUACAGAUCUGCAGCUUUCAUUAAUGCGCACAUGGUCAUUGCUGGACUUACGAAUAAUUGUCUAUGGUUCACAUACGGCAUCCUGUCGGACAACUGGUUCAUUAUCUCUCCAAAUAUCGUCUUCAUAUCGCUCAAUACGUUCACACUGGUACUGUGUGUCGUGUUCGAUCCGAAGACGCAUCCUCUUCCUGCUGACUUCCACAUGCAAGGUGACGACGAGAGUGAGGAACCACCAGCGCUGACCUCUUCGAAGAUCAGUGUGAGCUGCAAAGGGGACAACAAGAUGCCUAGUCCCGCCUUUGAGGCCAUGCAUUCGCCGCUGGACUCCAUUCAUGUGUCAUAGUAAGCAUUUCUGAAUAAAAUAAUCCGCAUAUCGACGCUGGUUUUUGGAGCUACGGAAUUGGUAAAUAGCAGGCGAUUUCUUGGUCAGUGAAGCAAUGGGUCGAGACAACUCAAGCAGCCAAGUCGAUGGUCAAGUGAAUGGUGUUGUUGUGAAGUUAUGAUGGUUAGCUUUCUUUCGCAACUAAUGACGUCAAGGUGGUAAAUAAAGUCUUGUAGAAGUAGUAAAUAGGAUGUCGUCCGAAUUAUGAAAGGUGCGCAUUUGUCAUUGCCAAGUUCAUUGAAUUGUAUCCCCAAAAAUACGAUGCGACUCCAAAUCCAACUAGUAUCAAUAGGCCUUCACACAGAUAAUGCAUUCACACAUGACUCGUUCGCU